AGGAACUCCUCAACACCAACAAAACUCUCAUUUUCCUAUCAAUGUUACUUCAGUCGCUUCCCCGCAAUGAUUCUUAGUCAAAUUUCAUAUUUAGAUUGCAUAGUCUUUCUAAUCUUUCUCGCGCCCCAGCUUAUCAUCAAUGUUGGCCUUUUUGAACUCGCGAGCUGGGUCUUCUUCGCCCUGCCGGACUUAGCUGCCCAUAUACCAUGCCAGUUCAUAGCGGAGCGGUAUUUCACAGACUUUGAGCAUCGUUCUCCUUUUGUCCAGCGAGCUUCUCCUUUUCAAGACUUUGUCAUCCGAUACGUUCGUUUUGCGUUCGCUGAGCUUCCGGCCAAAAUUGGUAGGGUAUUCUUCUCCAAACCCGUGGCCUUGCCAUUCCUUAGAUGGCGCAUGCUCCGUCACGGGUACAUCAGUUCUCCCAUCCGCUGGCAAGAAGUCAACCGCCAAGACUUCAAAGGGGUAUGGGUGACCAUGGAUGAGACUACCAGGCCCGACAUUGUCGUCUUCUACUGCCACGGCGGUGGCUUUUCUAUGGGCAGCAGCUACUUCUACAUGGAGUUCUUGCUCGCCUGGGUUGCUCUCCUCAAAGAAGCGGGUUACAAGAACCCCGCCCUCUUCGGGCUCGAGUACACCCUUGUUCCGGAUGCCGUCUACCCGACGCAGAUCCAGCAAGCGUUCGCUGCUUACGAACACGUUCUUACCGUCAUCGAAGACCCGUCACGCCUUGUUGUUGGAGGCGACUCAGCUGGUGCGACUCUCAUUCUUAGCUUGCUGCUGUACCUGGCAGACCACCCGCGGCACCGCGGCCGCCUCCCCGCUCUGGCCACCAUGAUCUCACCUUGGGUCACCAUUGUAUCCGACAAGAACCAAAACACGCGCUCUGACUAUCUGAACGCUGACUCUUUGCAUCUCUACGGACGCCAGUAUGUCGGCAGCAAGAUAUCUACUCACGAUCCCAUGGUCUCGCCGGGUAACUGCAGAGAUCCCGACCGCUGGCUGGCAGCGAGUCCGCGAUUAGGCUGGUCCUUCUUGUUCGGAUCCGAAGAGGUGCUGGGACCGGAGACGAAGGACCUUAUUGCGCUGCUGCAGAAGGCCGGUGCGGAUGUUGACGUGUAUGAAGAGGAGGGGUCGAUUCACGCGUGGCCUGUCGCUACUUUGUAUCUGGGUGAAUCUGGUGAAGAGCGUUUGAAGGGCCUGCAGGAUAUUGUCAAGGUUAUUCGACGACGUCUUGUUUAGGCUGUUGGUAAUGGCAGUGAUAUAAAACACUGUGGCGCCUCGGAUGUUUUGGUUUCCUUGAGUUAUAUAAUGUAUUAGUAUGUCCACAAGUUGAGAUGAAAAGCGAUUUUUAGGAUUUUUAAGCUAAUGAUUCUUGGGUAGAUCAAU